UUCUUGGUUAUACGGGUGGUGUAGUUCGCUUACUGCAUCCACAUGCUUUUGCAAUUAAUGGUCAUACUUAUUAUCAAGUUUAUCCUGCUAAUGCUAAAGGGUAUCUGACAAAUUGGUUUGUUUAUGAUGCUGAAGCACGGAAUUGUAUUGCUAAUCAACGUAAGCUUGACCAAGAAAUAGCAUAUUUGAUAAUUCAACAACCAACAAAUAAUGCUGAAGUUGCUGCUUGCACAAUUAUCCAUUCAACAGCUGUAAUACAGGAACGGCAUAUACAAAUUUGGCAUGUUGGUAAAAAAAUUCCUAUUUAUAUUAGUAUUUUAAAUGAAAAUUAUGAAGCAUUACAGUAUCCAUUAUUUUUUUCGCAUGGUGAAAUAGGUUGGCGUUCAGAUUGGGCAUCAGUCACUGUUCUUGUAGGAGAAAAUAACGAAAUGAUUGAUGAGAUUAAAGAUUAUAUUAAUACACGUUAUCUUUCUGCAAUGGAAGCAGUUUGGCGCAUUUUUAAGUACAGAAUAACUUCGCAAUUACCAUUAGUAACAUGUUUGCUAGUUCAUUUACCUGGUGAACAAACUAUAUUACAAGGAGGUAAUAAUAAUCUUUCUACCUUACAACAUUAUUUUCUCCACCUAACAAAUAUAGAAUUUGAUGCACUUACUUAUUGUAAGUACUACAAAUUGUACACAUUUACUUAUGCUAAAGAUUUAGUUAAUCAACAAUUACUGCCUCCAAAUAAUUAUUUAGAAAAAGAACAAGAAGUAAAUGGUACAUUAUACUCAAACUUUCAAGAUGCAGCACGUGCCUUUGAAUUAUUAGAGGAUAUAAAUGAAAAUGAGCAAUGCUUUGCUGAAGCUGUAACUUACAAAUGUACUCCAGCACAGCUUAGAUUAUUUUUUUGUCAUCUUAUACUAGAAGGAGAGAAUGACACUUUAAUGUGGAUAGCAAGUUUUUUAGAAGAGCAUGGUAGCCAAAUAACACAAUUUGGUUUACCUCAACUAUCAGAACAUCUUGACAAAAUAACACACAUUCAAGCACGUUAUAAUGAUUACAAUACACUGAUUGCAAUACGUGAUAAAAUGAUAAGUGAGCUUAACUUUGAACAAAAAAACGUUUAUCAAAAAAUUAUGAAUCAUGUAUUGAACAACAAACCCUUAUUAAUUUUUAUAAAUGGGCGUGCAGGACGCAGAAAAACAUUUUUGAUAAAUGUUAUAUAUAUUGCCAUAAGAUGUUUAAAAAAAAUAAUACUUCCUUGUAUAACAACUGGCUUAGUAGCAUUAAAUUACGAUAGAGGGCGUACAGCAUACUCUUUAUUCCGUAUUCCAAUUGAAAAUAAUGAUGAAGAGUAUAAAUAUCAAAUAAAUUUAGAUAGUGAUCUCACACCUGUAAUUCCAUAUUCUGGUCGAACGGCUAUAAUAUUAAAGUUGAUUAAGUCUUCUCUGAUUUGGAAAUCAUUUGAAGUUUAUAAACUUAAACAACCUGUUCGUGAUGUUCAUGAUCUAGAAUACUCUCAACUAAUGGACAAAAUAGGCAAUGGUAUCGAUGGUGAAAAUGUAUCAUUAGCAUUAUUAAAAAUGACCCAUGAAAUAAAUGAUGUAAUUGAUUUUGCCUUUCCUGAAACUAUGUUAAAUGACCCAAAUAAAUUAAGAGGUGAUGUAGUUGACUUAUAUAGUACAGAUAGCUUAGUGGAUAAUGAUACAAGAACAAAUCAAGCUCAGAGAAAUAUGAUAUCAGUUGAAUUAUUAAAUACAUUUAAUGCAUCCAGAAUACCAAAGCACUGUCUGACUCUAAAGAAGGGAUGUGUUGCAACUAUAAUGAGGAAUCUCUCAAUACAUGAUAGCUUAUGUAAAAAUAGCAGAGUUAUUAUUCUGAAUAUAGGACGAAGAUUAGUCACUAUACAAAACCCUGCAACGGGUUCUGUAAUUUAUUUACCAAGGAUUACUUUCUUAUUCUGUGUACCUCAAUUUCUAUUCAAGAUUAGCUGCCAUCAAUUUCCCUUACGACUUGCUUAUUCUUCAACCUUUAACUCUUCACAAGGUUUAACACUAGAUCGAGUUGCACUUAACUUAUGCACACUAGUAUUUAGUCACAGACAAUUAUAUACUGCUCUUACACGAGUUCGGCAAUGA